AUGGAUACGGGUGAGUGUCAGAAUCCAGGGGUGGGCGUACGGUGGAUCCACUCGCGACGGAAGGAGGAACUGGAGGCGAUUACUCGCGAGUUCGGGCUGAGCGAGUUGGGGCGGGUUGAAGACUUGCGUCGUCGUUUGGCAAGCUUCGUGUCCGGGGGUUCGCAUUCCGCCAAAAUAUGGGCUCGGCUAGCCGAGCUGGAGGCCAAAUACACAAGGACCCCGGAGCACAAGGCCCAGCUCGAACCUGACCCAAUCGAAUGGGAUAGACGUUCGAAGUCAGAGUCAGACUCUGGCCCACGUUCGAACACCCCCGGCUUGCUCGAGGUCCCGGCGAUCCCGAACUACAAGGCCCGUGAUGCGAGCGACAGGACGAAGGAAUCGGGGACGCCUCGUGUUACUGAGGGCGUCCCAUUAACACAGACGCGCCUACCCAUGGAGUAUAGGGGGCACUGCAUCGUUCCGGAACAGGUCAGGAAGUGGGGUAUACGCUUCGAUGGGCAGGCUGAUCCACUGUCCUUCGUGGAAGCCAUCGAAGAUCGGGCCCUGUCUUAUGAGAUUGACACCGAUAGGUUGCCCCGGGCAAUGAACGAGGUCAUGAUCGGCGAAGCCGCUCGCUGGUUCAUGACAAGUGGGCUAAGAGAGGUGUCAUGGAACGAGUUUAAGGAGGGAUUUUUGGAUUUCUUUUUGCCCCCGCGAUAUUUUGAAUUGUUGGAAGACGAAAUCCGGGCUCGCCGUCAACGAGAGGGCGAGGGAUUCAAGCAGUAUGUGGUGGACAUCAGGGCGCUGAUGCACCACGCUGGCUAUGGUCCGGAGCGAGAAUUGGCGAGAAUAUACGACAACGCAGCCCCAGAGUAUAAAUUGUAUGUGCGGAGACAAGAUUUCGCGUCGCUGUCGAAGCUCAUACAAUUAGCGGUCGAGUAUGAGGGUAUAAAACAGCAGGGUCAACAGUAUCCCCCGGGUUCACGAUCUCGAUUAGGGAAACGGGCAGAGGCACCAUCCGGACCGGGAGCGGAUGGACAGCGAUGUCAGCGGAGCCCGGAGGCAGUAGAUGUUUUGCGAGUCGAGGGGGGUCGUGUCGUCGCGACGAUCAAGAUCGGUGAGGAGGACUACGCGGCGACAAUCGACACCGGCGCCACCCGAUCGUUCAUCAGUGGUGCCUGCGCGGCGAAGGUAGCGAAGGACGUGGAAAUUAGGGAAGUACAAACGAGGAUACGGCUGGCGGACGGGUCAGGAUUAGACGUCGCGCGGAUGCUGCACGCGGGAGUAAGUUUAGCGGGGCGUACGAUAAGCGUGCCGCUACUAAUCAUGACGCCGAUGCUAGACCAAGUGAUCCUAGGUAUGGACUUUCUGCGAGCGAUAGGUACGACGAUUCGUUGCGGGGACAGCGAGAUGACGCUAGGGACGCCGGAGAGACGGGAAAUUAGGAAAGAGGCGACUGGCUGCCCUGUGGAGCCGAUCCCGGAGGCAAGGUUAGGGAUUCGGCAGGGGGUGGCGGUCCGUCCCGCGGAGAGAAUCCCGGAGGCACGAUCGAAUGAUCGAGGUAUGUCCAGGGUGCCAGUGAAGGUGCGGUCAGACGAUGAAGAGGUGUCCAGGGUGCCAGUGACGGCGCGGUCGGACGAUAAGGGUAUGUCCAGGGUGCCAGCGGAGGUACGGUCGGACAGCGAGGUGUCUAGAGCGCCAGGAAAGGAUCAGAAGCAGAACCGUAAAGAGGACCCGACAGGGCGUAGGGAAAAAGGGCAGAUGACUACGGAAGUCGGCAGAGGUGUGGAUUCGGGAGCCACGGGUAGAACAGCACCUAAGAGCGUGAAGCUGGGGAGGGUAGCUGGUUCCAACGGGCAGGAGAAUCAACCUCACGCCUCGGAAGAAAUCGUUCUAGCGAGAAAACUAGUCGCAGGGGAAAAUACGGCCGCGGGAGCUAGUCACGAGGCUAGCAGUGGUGAAGGGUCUGGAGAGGGGAGUCCCAACGGGGAGGACGUCUGGCCGGCAGAUCUGGAGCCGAGUCUGCGGGAGCUUCUACAGGCGGAAUUGGCGCGAUUCGAGGGGCUGAAAGGCGUGUCCCACAUAGCUAGCCAUCGGAUCGUAAUGAAGGACAACGAGCCCAUCAAGCAGAGGUACUACCCGAGGAACCCAGCGAUGCAGCGAGUCAUCGACGAACAGGUGCAGGAAUUACUCCGGACGGGAGCCAUCGAGCCGUCCCGAAGCCCGUACAGUGCGCCGAUCGUACUGGUGAAAAAGAAGACAGGGGAAUGGCGAAUGUGCAUCGACUAUCGGCAGCUCAAUGCACAUUCGAUUCCGGACGCAUAUCCAGUACCCCGGAUAAACCACAUUUUAGAGCGCCUGCGGCACGCGCGCUAUAUAUCGACGCUGGAUCUGAAGCAAGGAUACUGGCAGAUCCCCAUGGAGGAAGGGAGCAGGCAGUAUACCGCGUUCACAGUUCCAGGACGGGGACUAUACCAGUGGAAGGUGAUGCCCUUUGGUCUGCACUCGGCCUGCGCCACGUUCCAGAGAGCACUGGAUUCGGUGAUAGGGCCGGAAAUGGAGCCCCACGCUUUCGCCUACCUGGACGACAUCAUCGUCAUAGGCGCAACCAAGGAACAGCACGUAGCCAACCUGAGAGAGGUGUUCCGACGACUGAGGGAAGCGAACCUAAAGCUCAACAUAGAGAAAUGCCGUUUCUUCCGGAAGGAGUUGGUAUAUUUAGGACACGUAGUGAGCGGCGAAGGAAUACGGACGGACCCCUCAAAGGUGCUCGCGAUCCAGAGGCUGACGGCCCCAUCGAACUGCAAGGAGCUGCGUCAGUGCCUUGGGAUGGCAUCGUGGUAUCGACGCUUCGUCCCCAAUUUUGCGUCGGUGGUGCAGCCGAUGACCGCUCUCUUGAAGAAGGGAAAGGUAUGGUCGUGGGGCGUGGAACAGCAGGAUGCGCUGGAGCAACUCAAGGAGCGACUCACAACCGCGCCGAUCCUCGCUUGCCCGGAUUUCAGCAAGAAAUUCGUGCUGCAAACGGAUGCGAGCGAUUACGGUCUCGGCGCCGUCCUGACACAGACCAUCGACGAGGAGGAGCGAGUCAUCGCUUACGCCAGUAGGAAACUUCUGAAGGCAGAGACCAACUACUCAGCCACGGAGAAGGAAUGUCUGGCUAUAGUUUGGUCAAUCCGCAAGUUGAGAUGUUACUUGGAGGGGUACAGGUUCGACGUCAUUACCGACCACAUGGCACUUAAAUGGCUCAACUCCAUAGAGAGUCCAUCUGGAAGGAUAGCUCGAUGGGCCUUAGAGUUGCAGCAGUUCCAGUUCGACGUGCAGUACCGACGGGGGAAGUUGAACGUGGUAGCCGACGCACUGUCCCGGCAGCCACUGGAGGCAUGUCGUCAGGCCGUGGAGGAGCAGCACCCAUGUGGAUGGACCGCGUGUAUGCUGGAGAGACUCGCCAAGGAGCCCGCAAAGUAUCCGGACUAUGCUGUCGAGAACGGCCAACUCUAUCGCCACCUGGGCCACAGAGCCGACGACGAGGACUACGUGCCAUGGAAAUUGUGCGUCGCCAGUAACCAGAGGCAGAGAGUCCUGCAGGAGUGCCACAAUGCCCCGACGGCAGGGCAUCAAGGGGUGAGGAAGACGAUAUCCCGACUUGCACAGAGGUACUACUGGCCUGGGAUGUUCCGGGACGCCGCACGACAUGUGAGAUGCUGCGAGGUGUGUCAGAAGUUCAAGGUGGAACAGGUGAGACCGGCGGGACGAAUGAUGACGCGCCAGGUGACGGUACCAAUGGAUUUAUGCGCAGAUUUCGUGGGGCCGAUACCACGCUCGAAGCACGGUAACACCAUGUUGCUUGUAUUCCACGAUGCGUUUAGCAAGUGGGUGGAACUGGUCUCUUUGAGGCGAGCGACGGCGGAACAUUUACAGAGGGCGUUCCGGGAACGGAUAUUUUGCCGAUUCGGAGUCCCCCGGAAAUUUGUGUGCGACAACGGGGUGCAGUUCACAAGCCGAACAUUCAAAAACUUGAAUACAAGUGUGGUGGACUCGACCGGAUUUUCACCCGCUUUCUUGGUACAGGGUCGCGAACCUCGUCUCCCCGCCGCUUUAUACGACGAGGUUACGCCUGGGCCCGCCACUGUUCAGCAAACGCCAGGAGAAAAGGCCCAGCGUCUGAGGGAGGUGCUCGACAUCGUUCGUCAUAACUUGCAGCGUACUUCCCAGGAACAGGGAAGACAUUACAAUCUGCGACGACGGAAUGGCGGCCAAAAGUGGACGAGAAGCGCCGAAGUUCGACGGCCCCUUUCGGGUCGUGACAUUGCCCAGUUAAUGGCCUAUCAUGGACCACCUGGAGAUAACUACAACGAGGCCGAAGGGUCAGGAGACGACUGA